UCGCCCCACCAGAGACGCUCACACCUCGCCACGACCAAGGUGUCGCACCGCACUCGGGUUAGUAUAUCGCCCCGCUCAUUGUACUUUUUGGGGUUAUUGGUGGCCUCCUGUGAUUCUUCCUGCCGGGCAGUACCUCGAGGACGCCACUAGAACUACCGACCCGGGUGCUGACGCUGCUGUGUGAUGUCUGACGGAGAAGACGAAAAGCAAACAAAAAUGGGUGAAGGUGAAGAAGAAAAUGUUGUCAGGGUCCGUGGUCUGCCCUGGUCAGCGACGGUGGAGGAUGUGGUCAAAUUCUUUGAUGGAGUAAGUAUAAAGAAUGGCCGGGAAGGUGUUCACCUUACACUAUCUCGGGAAGGCAGACCUAGUGGUGAAGCAUAUGUAGAAGUUUCCACUGAAGAGGAUGUAGCCCUAGCUGAAAAAAAACACAACCAACACAUGGGCCGAAGAUACAUUGAAGUAUUUAAAGCUAAAAAGUCAGAAAUGGAGUGGGUUGUUAAAAGGGCUGGAUUUGGAGCAUCUGGUGGUGAAGAUGAUGGCUGUGUUCGACUUCGUGGUUUACCAUUUGGGUGCUCAAAAGAAGAGAUUGCACAGUUCUUUUCUGGGUUGGAGAUAGUUCCGAACGGGAUAGCUCUGCCUACCGACUACCAGGGGCGGCAUACGGGGGAGGCAUACGUUCAAUUUAUAAACAAAGAGGUCGCUGAAAAGUCCCUUGAGAAGCAUAAGGAAAAAAUAGCGCACAGAUACAUAGAGAUCUUCCGUAGCAACCUAGGAGAAGUUCGUGCUGCCAUGAGUCCAAAACUGCGUGGACCAGGUGGUCCCAUGGGAGGGUACAACAAUAGGCCCACACCAUACGAUUCACGGGAUCGAUUUGGAGGCUUGAAUCGCUACAGUUUGGGAGGCCGUGGCCGAACUCAUUUUGCCUCUGAAGGUGGUUACAACGAUUAUGACGAUGGCCCCGGCUGGGGUGGCUCUGGUGGCUACAAUGAUGGGCCAAGCAGCUGGCUCAGUAGCCGUGGACGGGGUGGUGGUCCAGGUGGUCUAAAGGGUAACUUUGGUGGUGGUCGUGGAGGAAGUUGGAACAAUGGAACAGGACAUUGUGUUCACAUGCGGGGUCUUCCGUUCCGGGCAACAGAGAUGGAUAUAGCAGAUUUCUUCAGACCUCUAAAUCCUGUCAACAUUAACAUCAUCAUGGACAGCUCCAAUCGUCCUUCUGGUGAGGCAGACAUUGAAUUUGCUACACACGAUGAUGCUGUAAAAGCCAUGUCUAAGGAUAAAGCAAACAUGCAACACCGUUACAUCGAGCUCUUCCUGAACUCCACCCCAGGUGGAAAUAUGGGUGGACCUGGAGGGCCCAUGGGAGGCCCAGUGGGUCCUAUGGGUGGACCAGGCUCUGGUAACUUUGGAGGUGGCGGAAACUUCAGCGGAGGCAGCAUGGGCGGCGGGUUUGGUGGGGGCUAUGGGGGGGGCGGCCGAAUGGGGGGAGGUGGUAGUGGAUAUGGUGGUGGAAUGGGCGGCGGCGGCGGCGGUGGAGGUGGUGGCGGUGGCGGUGGCUACAGCAACCUAGAUGAUGGACUUGGUAGUGGAAUUGGGGGAGGAGGAGGAAUGGGUAGCGGUAUGGGUGGAGGCAGUGGUAUGGGUGGAGGUAGUGGUAUGGGUGGUGGUGGAAUGGGUGGCGGUGGCAUGGGUGGGGGUGGAUUGGGCAGUGGAGGAUUGGGUGGUGGUGGAGGCGGUGGAGGCAUGGGUGGUGGAUUAGGAAGUGGACUAGGAGGUAUGGGAAGCAGCCUAAGUGGGGGUUUGGGGAGUAGCCUUUCAGGAAGUCUGAGUAGGGGUAUGGGCAGUGGUUUAGGAAGUGGUUUGGGUAGUGGUUUGGGAAGUGGUUUGGGAAGUGGUAGUGGGGGAAUGGGCGGUGGCAGUGGAGGAAUGGGUGGCGGCAGUGGGGGGAUGGGGGGCGGUGGUGGUGGAGGCAGCAGUAACUUCAGUAGCGGCUUCAACAAUGGCUUCAACUCUAACAAUGGUUUUGGCCCUGGUGACCAGAUGUCUGGAAGCAACUACAACAGCUUCUGUUGAAUCCUUGAAUCUCCUGAAUGAUGAACAUUUGAGGGAAUGCUGAUUAAAGUUUUUCUUGAACUUUUGAAUAGACGGUAAAAGAAGUUUUCAUGUUUGGUUUUAUAAUUUUGCUAAUUAAUUUAUAUUGUGUCAUUACUUUGUGUAAGAGAUGACUGUUAGGAAGAAUGGCUUGCAUGGUUUAGAGGUGGUAUGCAUUACUUUGAAUGCAGUUUGUAUCAUUUUGGCCCCAUGUGAAUUAUGUAGCACAGGUUACCUAGUUUUCUGGUGUGUCCCUGUCAUGAAGUAGAAAGAUGUUCACUGGUACCUGUCCUGCUGUGAGCUAGAACUAUAUAUAAAUAUAUUUUCUUGAUAUUAUUUGGUGUGACAUUCCAUUUGAAACAAAGUUGGAUGCUUAAUACCUUAAAUUGUGACAGUGGGACAAUUACAAAUGUAAUUUUAGACUGUAUUCUUAAGAUGUCAAUAAAGUGACAAGUUUCA